AGAGGCGGGGAUUAGUUUGGCGAUGUUCAUUGGCCAGCGCUGGACCGGGCCGCGCGGUGCCACGCCCUCCGGCGGCAUGGGUUUGGUUGCGCUACCGCCGGGGAAGGAGACGCUGCCCUUCCGCUGCGAUGGGCUGGCGGGCGAGUGAGCGGCGGCCGGCUGAGUCCACCGGGCGGCGAGGCGGGGCCCGGGACUGAGGCCCGCGGCGGCCGGGGCCAGGUCUGUGCAGGGCACGGAGCGAGCGCAGUGAUCGGGGCUCAGGCGCCCGGGGAAGGUGCCCCGGCUAGAAGCAGCGGACACCCCGCCGGGCAGCGCGGCAGGGCACCGGGUCUACCUGAAGGGCAUCCCGGGGGCCGGGGCCCGAGAGGACGGGGCCGAGCCGCGCCGCGCACGGUACCGGAGGGUACCUGGACUCAGUCCCCGCCAGCACCUGUCCGGAUCUUGGGCUCCCGGAGAGCGUGCCCGGCCUCGUCUGUGUGACCGUGCCGACCUGUGACACCUUUCAGCCCUGUGGAAGGACCCUCUGGUAUGUGUGUCCGUGUCCUGCCCGGGUGCGGACGGUGCCCAGGACUCAGGCAGCCGCCAGCUGAAGACGUCCUGCGUGGAAGCCCCUGGCCCUGCAGGCUCCAGCCCGGGAGCCUGCCCUGCCAUGGCGUUCCGGCGCACCGAGGGUGUGUCCAUGAUCCAGGCGCUGGCCAUGACGGUGGCCGAGAUCCCGGUGUUCCUGUACACCACCUUCGGACAGUCUGCAUUCUCUCAGCUACGCCUGACCCCAGGCCUGCGGAAAGUCCUCUUUGCCACGGCCCUGGGCACUGUGGCCUUGGCCCUGGCUGCCCACCAGCUGAAGAGGCGCCGACGGAGGAGGAAGCAAGCAGGGCCCGAGGUGGGAGGCGAGCAGCUGGGCACGGUGCCCCUGCCCUUCCUCAUGGCCCGGAAGGUGCCAUCGAUGAAGAAAGGCUACUCCAGCCGGAGGGUGCAGAGCCCCAGCAGCAAGAGCAAUGACACCCUCAGCGGCAUUUCCUCCAUCGAGCCCAGCAAGCGCUCGGGCUCCUCACACAGCCUGGCCUCGAUGAUGGCGGUGAACUCGUCCAGCCCCAUGGCCGCAGGCUCCGGACCGUGGGGAGCCCCAGGGAUGGAGGAGUCCGUGCCCGCCACCGACGGCAGUGCCGAGAGCCUCUACGUGCAAGGCAUGGAGCUGUUCGAGGAGGCGCUGCAGAAGUGGGAGCAGGCGCUGAGCGUGGGCCAGCGCGGGGACAACGGCAGCACCCCCACGCCUGGGGACAGCUUGCGGCACCUGGAGACGGCCUCCGAAGCCCUGUCAGAGGAUGGCCAUGACCGCAGGACAGAAGGGACAGACCUCUGGGUGAUGCGUGAGAAGCCACAGCCCUCACUCACUGCUGGUGGCCGUCCGGAGUCCCAGCGGCGGGAGUUUGCGGAGAAGCUGGAGCUGCUGCUGCACCGCGCCUACCACCUGCAGGAGGAGUUCGGGUCCACCUUCCCCGCCGACAGCGUGCUGCUCGACCUGGAGAGGACGCUCAUGCUGCCGCUGACCGAGGGCUCCCUGCGCCUGCGGGCUGAUGACGAGGACAGCCUGACCUCCGAGGACUCCUUCUUCUCAGCCACCGAGCUCUUCGAGUCCCUGCAGGCUGGAGAUUAUCCGGUGCCACUGUCCAGACCCGCUGCCGCCUACGAGGAGGCCCUGCAGCUGGCGAAGGAGGGCAAGGUGCCCUGCCGGACCCUCCGGACCGAGCUGCUCGGCUGCUACAGUGACCAGGACUUCCUAGCCAAGCUUCACUGCAUCCGGCAGGCCUUCGAGGGGCUUCUGGAGGACCCGGGGAACCAGCUUUUCUUCGGGGAGGUCGGCCGGCAGAUGGUGACGGGGCUGAUGACCAAGGCCGAGAAGAGCCCCAAGGGCUUCCUGGAGAGCUAUGAGGAGAUGCUGAGCUACGCCCUGCGCCCCGAGACCUGGGCCACCACGCGGCUGGAGCUGGAGGGCCGUGGGGUGGUGUGCAUGGGCUUCUUCGACAUCGUGCUCGACUUCAUCCUCAUGGACGCCUUCGAGGACCUGGAGAAGCCCCCGUCCUCCGUGCUCGCUGUGCUGCGGAACCGCUGGCUGUCCGAUAGCUUUAAGGAGACGGCCUUGGCCACUGCGUGCUGGUCAGUCCUGAAAGCCAAGAGGCGGCUCCUGAUGGUGCCUGACGGCUUCAUCUCCCACUUCUACUCCGUAUCGGAGCACGUUAGCCCUGUCCUGGCCUUUGGCUUCCUCGGCCCCAAGCCCCAGCUCGCAGAAGUCUGUGCUUUCUUCAAGCACCAGAUCCUGCAGUACCUGCGGGACAUGUUUGACCUGGACAACGUGCGCUACACCUCGGUGCCCGCGCUGGCCGACGACAUCCUGCAGCUGUCCCGGCGCCGCAGCGAGAUCCUGCUGGGCUACCUGGGGGCGCCAGCGGCCAGCAGCGUCAGCCUGAACGGGGCACUGCCCCGAGGGAACGGGCCCCCCGGGGGGCUCCAGUAGCUGCUGGAGGGGACCCCGGCUGCCUGGGUCCCGCCUGCACUGGUGACGGCAGAGGAGCCGUGCCCCCUUUGGGUGGCGCCCAAGCUCGCCCACCCCGCUGACGGGCCCGCCACAGCUCAGAGGGCAGCAUUCCCCAGAGAGGGUGGAGCCCAGGGCUGGGGCCCUAGGUGGACCCUGGGGACAGCAGGAGAGCAGGGUCGUGAGGAAGGGCACUGAGGACCGCCGGGACCCGAAGAGCCAGGGCGUGGGGAGGGUGGCGGUGAGGAGCAGGCGGCAGGGCUCUGGUGAGGCGGAGGUCACGGCGUCCGGAGCCUGAGCGCCUCGCAGCUGUGCGUCUCAGCGCGGAUGUCUGCGCACCCCACCCUGGCCACCUCCCCAGUCUGCAGAUGACCACAGGGGUGGGGGACAGGGCAGGGGGCCACCGGGCCCUCUGGGGCGCGGCAGAGGUGGCUCUGCGCCCCCAGCACCACCCCAGUACGCUGCCCUCCUUCCCCGCCCCGCCAGUGCCGCUACCAAGCGGGUACUGCCGGGUCCCCUCCACCACCCCUCCUGUGAACCUGGGAGUCCCUGCGCGGUGCGGAGCUCGGAGCUGGGGGCUGGGACCAGGGUCCUGGGCCGUCACCUGUGCUGCCAUCAGCUGCCCUGGAGAGAGGGUCCCAGGGGCCACGGCGGGGGGUCGGGAUGUUCACAGAUGGACCAGCUCCCCUCGUCAGGACCAGAAACUGCCCAGGGCUUGGCCUUCAAGUGAUGCGCACACCUGCUGGGGGAGGCGCAGGGGCACGGGGCUGGGCCGCCUGCUGGCCAGCCGCGAGGGCGGGCGGCACAGGGCAGCGUGGCUGCGGGGACUCUGCAGUGCUCUCUGCAAGUUUUAUUUAUUGCCUUAACACUUUAUUCGGAGCUUCUGCCCCUUCCGAGACCGUGUGGGAGACGCACACUGAGAGGGCACUGGAAGGAGCCGGGCCCCACCCCGAGGACCGGGGGCGCGAGCCGGGCCCCUCCGCCCCAGCUGCACCCACAUUCCGCUCAUUUGCACUUAGCGCUGUGAAUGUGGCCCGCCUGGUUGCCCCGGUCACCAGAAGCGGCGUUUUUGUUCGUCUUUGUCCACACAUCUGCGCGCUGGCACUUGCACUCACGGCGUGCACCCGUUCGCAGAGCGCCAGCAUCAACCUGAGUCAAAUAAAAGACUGGACCCAG